AUGGCCGGAGCAGGGAAAACAGCUUUAGCAACUCAGGUGCAUAACAAACUUUUAGAAGAAGCUGGUGAUGACUUCAAGCAUAUUAUUUGGGUUACCGUGUCACAAUAUGAUAAUAGCAUUUAUAAGUUGCAAAAAGUCAUUGCAAGAUCAAUUAAUUUAGACAUAUCUGAUGAGUGUGAUGUCAAAAGGAUAUCAGGGAUAUUAUUGCAUGCAUUCAACCACAUAACUAGAUGUGUCCUUAUUUUAGAUGAUGUUUGGAAUCCUAUCUAUUUAGAAGAGGUUGGAUUUCCAGUUUCAAAUAAUGGGAUUAAAUUGAUUUUGACAACUCGAUUAUGGGAAGUGUGCCAAAGUAUGAAUUGCAUGAAGAACAUAAUAGAAGUAGAACCUCUAAGUAAAGAAGAUGGUUUUGAUUUGUUUAAAAAGACUCUUGGAGUCCAUCAAAUACAACCGAUUGGGGUGGAGCCUAAAGCAAGGGCGGUGGCAGAACAAUGUGAGGGUUUGCCCCUUGCAAUUGUUAUGAUAGCAAGAAGCAUGAAGGGAAAAGAGCACAUAAGAGAAUGGGAUCAUUUGUUGGAAUGCCUUCAAAACAUGGGUGACGGGCAAUAUCAUAUGGAUGAGAGGGUAUUUCAGGUAUUGAAAUCUAGUUAUUCUUUCUUAAAUGAUAAAUUGCAAAGGUUUUUUUUGUAUUGUGCAUUUAGUGUCAGCAAGACUAUUCGGGAUAGCGAUAUUGAGCCUUUGGUUAGAAGAUUUUGCUAUGGGGAAUGGACAGAUGGGACAAAGAGCUUCACGAUGCGAUAUAAUGAAGGUUAUGCCAUGUGGCAAAAGUUAAAAAAUAGCAGUUUGUUGUUGAAAAAGAAUGGGACAUGGAGAGUGCACACUUUACUUCAGGUCAUGGCUCUUACUAUUGCAAAGAAGACUGAAAAAAUCAUGACAAAACAUGGUAUGAAUUUAAUAGGAUUGUCAGAGAAUGGAAAAUGGAAUGAAAAUUUGCAGAAUGUUUUUCUAAGUAGAAGCAACAUACCGCAAAUUUUUAAUGAUACAUCUCCCAAGUGCUCUAAACUCUCCGCAUUACUUUUAGAUUCUAAUUUUCAUCUCAAAUGGAUUCCAGAUGAUUUUUUUAUUAACAUGCCUGCCCUUAAAAUACUUGAUUUGUCUGACACAAGCAUUGAGCAUUUGCCCAAAUCUGUAUCUAACUUGGAAUGUCUCAUUGCAUUAUUGCUUUCACGAUGUGAAAAUUUGGAGUAUGUCCCUUCAUUAGCAAAACUGCGGUGUUUAAUAGAGUUGGACCUUUCAUAUACUGCAAUUAGUGAAGAACCUUGUGGCUUGGAAUUCUUGGUCAAUCUUGAAUUGUUGAAUCUAGAAGGUACAGAUGGGUUCACAAUCUCAUCAUCAACAAUAUCCGAAUUGACCAAUCUACAGUCUCUGUUGAUGAGGUGGCACUCAACGUCAAUGGAUCUACGAGGUUUGAGAAAGCUGAAAGUUAUAUCAGUCACUUUUCGUGAUAUUGAAAAGUUUAAUGACUUUGUUAUAAGUUUCCUAGAUGAAGAUCGCGGACUCAAAGGUUAUUAUCUAAGUUUAGUCAUACCACCUUGUGAUGAUGAUGGUUCCUUGGAUGGAGAAACCUGCCACUUGAAAAGGGUGCUUUUAUGUGGUAUUGAUUGGGCAAAUAGAGUAGCGGUACCAGGAGACGUCAAAGAGUUGAUUAUAAUCGAAGGUGACUAUUUGACAAGGACAACUUGCCUUUGCCGUGCUUUAUGGGUCCAAAAAAAUAAUAAUAAUUUACCAAAAAUUGAAUGGUUCGAAAUAAGUGAAUGCGAUAAGCUGGAGUACUUGUUCUGUGGCGCUCCCACUUGCUCAUUUUGCGCCUCUGUCAUGUUAGUUGAAAGGCUGUACCUUAAUGGGCUGAAAAACUUGACACAAAUAGUGAUACAACUUCCUCUAUCUUUGGAUAGCCUGUUCCUUUAUCUCAGAGAAUUCGAUAUUCAGGGGUGUAGAAAAAUGACGAUUCUGAUGACGUCAGAAAUAUUAGCACAGCUCCAAAACCUAGAGACUAUUUCUGUUGCAGAUUGUGAGUCGAUGGAAGAAAUAAUUAGAGAGAAUGGCGGCAACACUUUUAACCCUACUAUCACUCUUCCCAAAGUGAGAUCGUUGAGACUGGAAUUUCUACCAGAAUUAACUUUUGUAUUCAGAGGGACCAUGCUCUGUCCUUCUCUCCAAUGUUUUGAGGCCCGAUACUGUGAGAAACUAAGCCCCCCUCAUAUAGAGAUCACAGAAGGAUAUAAGCUUCAAAUGCAAAUGAAAACAGAGGAGACAUUCUUGGGACCCCGACCCUAUUGGAAAUAUGAUAUUCAGGUACAAAUCUCCUCCAAGAUUUGA